UGUCUCUUAAUCAGGGUCAUGCUGCUGAUGUGUUUGAGGCCUACUCCCAACUUCUGACUGAGAUGGUUCUGAGAUUACCUUAUCAGAUCAAGAAGAUCGCUGACACCAACCCCCGCAUCCCGCCUCCCGUCUUCGACCACUCCUGGUUCUACUUCCUGUCUGAGUACCUGAUGAUUCAGCAGACGCCCUUCGUGAGGCGCCAGGUCAGGAAGCUGCUCCUGUUCAUCUGUGGUUCUAAGGAGAAGUACCGUCAGCUCCGGGACCUGCACACGCUGGACUCUCACGUCCGCGGCAUCAAGAAGCUCCUGGAAGAACAGGGCAUCUUCCUCCGCGCCGGCGUCGUCACGGCAACCUCCGGCUCCGCCCUGCAGUACGACACGCUCAUUAGUCUGAUGGAGCACCUGAAGGCCUGUGCUGAGAUAGCCACCCAGAGGACCAUCAACUGGCAGAAGUUCUGUAUGAAGGAUGACUCCAUACUAUACUUCCUACUACAGGUCAGCUUCCUGGUAGAUGAGGGAGUGUCUCCGGUGCUCCUCCAGCUGCUAUCCUGUGCUCUGUGUGGCAGCAAGGUCCUGGCUUCCUCUUCCUCCUCCUCUUCCUCCGGAGGAGGGUCUGGGGGCACUGGGACUCAGUCCUCUCAGAGCAAGUCCUCAAGCAAGAAGAGCAAAAAGGAGGACAAGGAGAAAGACAAAGAAGGUGACGGUGUGGGUAGCCAGGAGGACCAGCUGUGUACCGCUCUGGUCUCUCAGCUCAACAAGUUUGCCGACAAAGAGACUCUCAUUCAGUUCCUCCGCUGCUUCCUGCUCGAGUCCAACUCCUCCGCCGUGCGCUGGCAAGCCCACUGUCUCGCACUGCAUAUCUACAGAAACUCCAGUAAGUCUCAACAGGAGCUGCUGUUGGACCUGACCUGGGCCAUCUGGCCAGAGCUGCCCGCCUAUGGGCGCAAGGCCGCUCAGUUCGUAGACCUGCUCGGCUACUUUUCCCUGAAGACCCCCCAGACCGAGAAGAAGUUGAAGGAGUAUUCCCAGAAAGCUGUGGAAAUCCUGAGGACCCAGAACCACAUUCUGACCACCCACCCCAACUCUAACAUCUACAGUACUCUGUCAGGUCUGGUGGAGUUUGAUGGUUUCUACCUGGAGAGUGAUCCCUGUCUGGUGUGCAACAACCCUGAAGUGCCCUUCUCUAACAUCAAGCUGUCGUCCAUCAAGGUGGACACCAGAUACACUACUACCCAGCAGGUGGUCAAGCUGAUCAGCAGUCACACCAUCAGUAAGGUGACGGUGAAGAUAGGAGACCUGAAGAGGACCAAGAUGGUCCGGACCAUCAGCCUCUACUACAACAAUAGGACUGUACAGGCCAUCGUAGAGCUCAAGAACAAACCGGCCCGUUGGCACAAGGCCAAGAAGGUCCAACUGACUCCAGGUCAGACAGAGGUCAAAAUCGACCUGCCGCUGCCUAUCGUGGCGUCCAACCUCAUGAUCGAGUUCUCCGACUUCUACGAGAACUACCAGGCGUCCAGCGAGACGCUCCAGUGCCCGCGAUGCUCUGCCUCCGUGCCCGCCAACCCUGGCGUCUGUGGCAACUGUGGAGAAAACGUCUACCAGUGUCACAAGUGCAGGUCCAUUAAUUAUGAUGAGAAGGAUCCGUUCCUGUGUAACGCCUGUGGGUUCUGUAAAUACGCCCGCUUCGACUUCAUGUUGUACACCAAGCCCUGCUGUGCUGUGGACCCGAUAGAGACCGAGGAGGACAGGAAGAAGGCGGUGACCAACAUCAACACGCUGCUGGACAAGGCCGACCGCGUGUACCACCAGCUAAUGGGGCACAGACCUCAGCUGGAGAGUCUGCUGUCAAAGGUCAACGAGGCAGCGCCUGAGAAACCACAGGAUGAUUCUGGAGCAGGGGCGGGGCUUGGAGCGUCCUCGGCCAAUGUGAACAGGUACAUCCAGCAGCUGGCUCAGGAGUACAGCGGGGACUGUAAGACUUCCUUUGACGAGCUCUCCAAGAUCAUACAGAAAGUCCUGGCGUCCCGUAAAGAGCUCCUGGAGUACGACCUGCAGCAGCGUGAAGCCGCCACCAAGUCCUCACGCUCCAGCUCCCAUCAGCCCACCUUCACAGCCAGCCAGUACAGAGCCCUCUCUGUGUUAGGCUGCGGACACACCUCCUCCAACAAGUGUUAUGGCUGUGCCUCGGCCGUGACGGGUCACUGCAUCACCCUGCUAAGAGCCCUGGCCACCAACCCAGCCCUCCGCCAGAUCCUGGGGCUCCAGGGGCUCAUCAGAGAGCUGUUUGAGUACAACCUGAGGAGAGGCACCUCUGCCAUGAGAGAGGAGGUCAGACAACUGGUUUGCCUGCUCACCAGAGACCAGCCAGAGGCCACUCAGCAGAUGAAUGACCUGAUCAUUCACAAGGUGUCCGCUGCUCUGAAGGGCCACUGGGCCAAUCCUGACCUUGUCUCCAGUCUGCAGUAUGAGAUGCUACUGCUCACCGACUCCAUCUCCAAGGAAGGGGGCUGCUGGGAGCUACGACUGCGAUGUGCCCUGAGUCUGUUCCUGAUGGCUGUGAACAUCAAGACCCCUGUGGUGGUGGAGAACAUUACUCUGAUGUGUCUCAGGAUCCUACAGAAACUCAUCAAGCCCCCUGCCCCCACCUCCAAGAAGAACAAGGAUUCCGCUGUGGAGUCUCUGACUACAGUGAAGCCCUACUGCAAUGAGAUCCAUGCUCAGGCCCAGCUCUGGCUCAAGAAGGACCCCAAAGCAUCGUAUGAAGCCUGGAAAAGUGCCUUCCAGCAAGAUGUGAUAAUGUGGCGCCUGUCUGUGGCGCCUGUCUGUGGCGCCUGUCUGUGGCGCCUGCCUGUGGCGCCUGUCUGUGGCGCCUGUCUGUGGCGCCUGUCUGUGGCGCCUGCCUGUGGCGCCUGCCUGUGGCGCCUGCCUGUGGCGCCUGCCUGUGGCGCCUGUCUGUGGCGCCUGUCUGUGGCGCCUGUCUGUGGCGCCUGUCUGUGGCGUCUGUCUGUGGCGCCUGUCUGUGGCGCCUGCCUGUGGCGCCUGUCUGUGGCGCCUGCCUGUGGCGCCU